AUACAUGAAUAAACUCAAUUGUGUUUGUCACGCCCCAAAACCCGAAUUCGAGGCGCGACAGACGCCGUGCACUCGUGAGAGGGUCCCACAAAUGCACAAGGCUCGGAACUUAUCCAAAUCACAUCUGAUACCACCAAAUCUCAAGAUAAAAUUUUUACAAUCUACUCUGAUAUCAUAAAAUCUCCAAAUACACUCUAGCUUACAGGAUCAUAAUCUAUAUCAAAUUACAGGUGGCUAGCCUUCUAACUCGUCACUCCCCUUGGUUUCCCUCGUCCUCGGUUUCGAUUCCUGAAAUGGUGGACAAGGAAAACUAUGAGAUAAUUCAGUAAGUAAAUAUGGAUAGCCCUGGGGUAAAACUUUUAAGCAUGCCAGAUAAACAGUUUAAUAUAACCAAAACGCUCAGUGACAAAAUCAGAUUCAGUUCAAUUGCAAAGCAUUCAUGACAAACCGUUCAUGCAGAAUAAAACUCAGUUCAAUAGUCUCAUCUAUAAGUCAUGGCCAGUGUUUAACACACUCCCACUGGCAGACGUCAGUAAUGGUGCCAGUGUUUAACACACUCCCACUGGCAGGCGUCAGCAAUAGUGCCAAUGUUUUAUCCCAUUGGCAGGACGAACCGGUUCUACAGAAAUACAUGUCGACAUGUGCUAGCGUUUACAGCUCCCACUAGCGGGCGUCGGUAAUCAUGACUAUAUCCGAGACAAAACCAUGCAGGAUUUCCAAAAAUCCAUAAUUCACAAUCAAUCUCAAAUCUCAGAAACAAACCAGAAAAUU